CUCAGAGAGAGACAAACGCACGCCCAACCCGGAUGCUCUGAUAUCGAGAUAGUUUGUGGGGUCUUUUUUCGGAGAGGUUAAGGCAAUUUCAGUACUGUUCAUGGGAACAGCUCCCAUUUUGUUUGCGUCGGCUCAGUUCCAUCGAGAGCCGCAUCGUUUCUCGUCGUUUUGAAGCGUACCCGGACACUGCGCGUUAGUAGUGUUAAGGAGUGAAGAAGGCAGGCUGCAUGCUGGAAGUCUCGCUCAUAAGGAGGUCAGUUGCGUGCCGAGCCUUGCACGGUGUACUACCACUGGGUCUGAGUGAUGGCGGAGUGUGGGAGAAAGGGGCUGUCUCUUCUUGAGGCGGCCCGUUCUCGCUAUGAGAGCUUGCAGAUAUCCGACGAUGUAUUUGGGGAGUCUGGGGACGACAGUAGCGAAAACCCCUUCUACAGUACAACGGGCGACUCGAAUUCGGACAACUACACGGACGACGCGAAGGCAAGCGAUGCAGGGAGUAGUCCAACCUGUGGGCUGCUUGGCUCAUCCUCCAACAGCCAGGCGGAGGAGGAGGGAUGGAGCCACGCGUUUCAAGACAUCAGCGUCCCCCAGUAUACGGACACGCAUGGUCCCACCCAGAAAAUGGCGGCCACAUCUACAGCCAUGGACUUCUUCCAGCUCUUCGUCCCUGACAACGCGAUCCAGAACAUGGUGACUCAGACCAACAUGUAUGCCAAGAAGUACCAGGAGCGCUUCGGCAGCGAUGAGGGCUGGACCAGUGUGACCGUGACAGAGAUGAAGGCUUUCCUCGGCUUCGUGAUCUCCACCAGCGUGCACCGCUGCGAGUCGGUCCUGAGCAUCUGGAGCAGUGGAUUCUUCGGCAACCGCAGCAUUGCACUGAAGAUGAACCAAGCACGCUUUGAGAAGAUCCUCAAAUACUUCCAUAUCGUGGCCUUCCGCUCAAGUCAAGGGGGCAAUCAGGGCCUGUACAAGAUCCAACCCUUCCUGGACUCGUUACAGCAGAGCUUCGGGUGUACGUUCCGGCCCUCACAAACCCAAGUCCUUCAUGAGCCCCUGAUUGACGAGGAUCCCGUCUUCAUCACCACAUGCACGGAGAGGGAGCUGCGCAAAAGGAAGAAGAGGAAGUUUAGCCUAUGGGUACGCCAGUGCAGCUCUACUGGCUUCAUCUGCCAGAUCUAUGUGCAUCUGAAGGAGGGCCCUGGCCCAGAUGGGCUCGACACCCUGAAGAACAAACCCCAGCUCCACAGCCUGGUGGCCAAGCAACUCUGUCAGAACCUGGCAGGCCGCGGGGCCAUCAUUUUCACUGGCCCGAGCAUCACAAGCCUCUGCCUCUUCCAGGAGUUUGAGAAGCAGAACAUCUACUGCUGUGGGCUUCUGAGCACCAGGAAGAGCGACUGCACGGGUCUGCCUCAGUCCAUGCUCCGCAACCCCGACGGUCCGCAGCAGCGGGGCCACUCCCGAAUCCAGAUGAAGGGCAGCACGUCACUCAUCAGCUGGUACAACAAGGGCAACUUCAGGUUCCUCACCAACGCCUACUCGCCUACCAAGCAAGGCAUGAUCAUUAAGAGGAAGAGUGGGGAAAUCCCCUGUCCGCUGGCGGUGGAGGCUUUUGCUGCCCAUCUCAGCUACAUCUGCAAAUACGACGACAAGUACAGCAAGUACUUCAUUUUCCACAAGCCCAAUAAGACGUGGCAGCAGGUCUUCUGGCUGACCAUCAGCAUUGCCAUCAACAACGCCUACAUUCUCUACAAGAUGUCCGACGCCUAUCACGUCAAGCGCUACAGCCGAGCCCAGUUUGGCGAGAGGUUGGUCAAGGAGCUUUUGGACUUGGACGACUGCUCGCCUACCCAGUGAAGUGACCACAAGCUGUCUAGCACCCCCCCCCCCC